AUGAGGCCCCUAGUUGGGGCAAUUAAGCGAGAUGUUUUGUGGGCAACCAACUAUUGCUGCGACCAACCCGAAAUUCGCGAUACCAGCCAGGCCCAACACAUCGACGACGACGGCAUCGACAGUUCGACAAGUUCUCCCCCUUCUCAACCCCUACGCCUAUCCACACCCGGUCGAUUGUGA